AUGGCCCAUGUGGCCUUCGCUCCCGCUACCCAGCAGACAGUUGUGACGACAACUACCACAACCACCGUUACCCUGCCUCCUCUACUCAUCCGCCCGCCCAGGGACAUGCUCAGCCGAGACCCCAAGCAAUAUCCCCUGGCCUCUACGCCCACUCCUUCUUCGCUGCAGCAUUUUUCUCUCAACGUUGGAGGUACCCCGCUCGUCUACCAGGAGGCACAGAACGUUCAGUCGUCACUUGACAAGUACAAGCAACAGCAAGCACAGCUGCAACAGUCCAACGGUACCAUUCGCAGCCAAAAGGCAUCAACCCAAAAUUAUCACACACCUACCCGAGCUCAGGAUUCUCGACCCCCACCACCCAAAAGGCCUGCUUCACCACCCAGUCUCGCCGAGGCUGCAGAGCUAGCGAGCCUGCACCGUCGUAGAAGACAUCCUCGCUCACUCCUAUCACGAACCCGCUCUGGUAUCACCUACCCUCUCGCCGACGAUGAACAAUCCUCAAUCCCAGGAUCUACGAAUCGUCUUAUGCCAGUAACACCGGACACUGAUGCUGCUCCAGCAAAUGACCGCGAGCAGCAGCGAGUGUCUUCUCUGACACAAAAAGCCCGCGAAUGGCAAGAACAGCAUGCAAAACAAAAGGCGUCCGUUGCAGGUCCAAGUCACUCUUUCGAAAGGGAUGCUGCUACUGCCACCCCCCCAGUUGCAGAGGGUGAUCUCGAACCUAUCGAGACCCCUUACCCUCGACUUGAACAACCACGACCGCUACCUGCAGGUCUCCUGAGUGGCUCACAACAGGACGCCAGCCUUCCAAGCCCUAGUCUCUCUCCCGUCACAGCUGCUGCAAACCUGGCUCGCAGCCAUCAGCUUCUCCUGUCAAACCGGGAUGCCGACGACGAAAACGCCAGUCAAGUAUCUAGACUGGACCUCGAAGACAGCAUGAUGACCGAUCAGCCGGAUGCCCCUGCUAGCUCCAGUGAGGCCACCGUCCAGUCACAGUCUCACACUCGCCAACCCAACCUACCUCCGUUGACGCUGAUGGACGUUCCCACAAUGAUCGAUGCUUACGACGCUCUGCCCGAGGAGAUGCAGUCUUACGUGCUGUACCAGAUGCUCAGACGCUCCACCAAGAAGACAUUACGGACCGUCGCCUCGCUCGUCAACCCAGCACUGAAGUGUGAUCCGUUUGACGUGCUACCAGUGGAGUUGGGCUUGCAGAUCACAAAAUUCUUGGAUGUCAAGAGUCUCUGUCGUGCGGCUCAAGUGUCGAAGAAGUGGAGGCAUUUGAUUGAUUCGGAUGAAAGAGCAUGGAAAGAACUUUUGGACAGGGAUGGCUUCAAGUUGCCCGAGGGCGAGAUUGAACGUGCAGUACGCGAGGGUUGGGCAUGGCAGGCACCUUCUCUAGAUGGGUACGAAGAAGACUUGGGACAACCAAGGUCGACCCGCUCGGUCUCUAAAGUCGUCGAGCUUGAGCCCUUAAGCCCUGUAGCUGCACCUUCGGUCAGCAGCGAUGAUGCGGGAUCUUCGGCAUCGCUGCGUAUCACAAGAACCAAGAGAAAAGCAACGAGCAGCACUGGUGGUCACAAGAGACAAAAGCGGAAGGUAUCCAAACGCCAAGACGAUUCCCCUCUUUGGUUGCGCGACUUCCAGACAGCACAAGGUCCCAUGGCUUACGCAAGCGCCGCUGCCAAAGCCGUGCCCAAACCUGACGUCGGCCUCCCAAGUCUAACUAACUUGCAUCUCUUCAAGUCUAUCUACCAAAGGCAUUACAUGAUCGCAAAAAGCUGGAUGGACUCCGAGGCAAAGCCACACCAUUUGGCCUUCCGCGCGCACCAUCGCCAUGUCGUCACUUGCUUACUUUUUGAUUCAGACAAGAUCUUGACCGGUAGCGACGACACGAACAUCAACGUCUACGACACCCGAACCGGUAUUCUACGAAGAAAGCUUGAGGGCCACGAAGGCGGAGUCUGGGCAUUGCAGUACGAAGGUGACACACUUGUGUCUGGCUCAACAGAUCGCUCUGUCCGUAUCUGGGACAUUCCUUCUGGCAAAUGUCUACACACUUUCCAAGGCCAUACCUCUACCGUUCGUUGUCUGGUAAUUCUGAAGCCUGUAAAGAUUGGCACAGCUGCCGACGGCUCGCCUAUCAUGAUGCCAAAAGAGCCCUUAAUCAUCACUGGUUCGCGUGACUCAACUCUCAGAGUUUGGAAGCUGCCUCGUCCUGGUGACCCUCAAAUUCACCAAGCUGGGCCUCCAGCAAACGACAGCGACAACCCUUACUCUCUGCGUGUACUCACCGGUCAUCAAAACUCUGUUCGGGCCAUCGCAGCACAUGGCGACACUCUUGUUAGUGGUUCGUAUGACUACACCGUCCGAGUGUGGAAGAUUUCAACUGGUGAUAUGGUCCAUCGACUCAGUGGACAUACGCAAAAGGUUUACAGUGUAGUCCUUGAUCAUGACAGAGGGCGGUGUAUCUCAGGGUCAAUGGAUAACUUGGUCAAGGUUUGGUCUCUUGAAACAGGCAAUUGCCUGUUUAACCUCGAUGGUCAUACAUCUCUGGUAGGUCUUCUGGAUCUCAGCCAUGGACGCCUGGUCAGUGCUGCUGCAGACAGUACACUUCGUAUCUGGGACCCUGACAAUGGAAACUGUCAGUCCAUCUUGUCAGCACAUACUGGAGCGAUCACAUGUUUCCAGCACGAUGAUCAGAAGGUCAUCAGUGGCUCAGAUCGUACCCUCAAGAUGUGGAACAUCAACACAGGCGAGUGUCUGCGAGAUUUGCUCUCAGAUCUUAGUGGAGUGUGGCAAGUCCGUUUUGACGAGAGAAGGUGUGUUGCCGCAGUGCAAAGAAACAACCUUACUUACAUCGAGGUGCUGGACUUUGGAGCAGCUCGAGAUGGUGUACCUGAGAGCAAAAGAGGACACCGAAUUGUGGUCGACCCACGUGGACGUGAAAUCGAAGAUAUCGACGCAACAGCAGAAGUGCAGGUAGCUGCAGCAGGAGGCUAG